AUUAUUUUUUUAUUAAAAGCUGCCUAAUCAUAUGCUUCAAGGAUGGCUGUUCCUCUUAUUGUAAAGUGGGGAGGACAGGAAUAUUCAGUGACCACACUUUCAGAAGACGAUACUGUGCUAGAUCUCAAGCAGUUUCUCAAGACCCUUACAGGAGUGCUGCCAGAACGCCAGAAGUUACUUGGACUCAAAGUUAAAGGCAAACCUGCAGAAAAUGAUGUUAAGCUUGGAGCUCUCAAACUGAAACCAAAUACUAAAAUCAUGAUGAUGGGAACUCGUGAAGAGAGCUUGGAAGAUGUUUUGGGUCCACCACCUGACAAUGAUGAUGUUGUCAACGACUUUGAUAUUGAAGAUGAAGUAGUUGAAGUAGAAAAUAGAGAAGAAAAUCUACUGAAAAUUUCUCGAAGAGUUAAAGAGUACAAAGUGGAAAUUCUAAAUCCUCCCAGGGAAGGGAAAAAGCUACUGGUACUUGAUGUUGAUUAUACAUUAUUUGACCAUAGGUCUUGUGCAGAGACUGGGGUAGAACUAAUGCGACCGUACCUUCAUGAAUUCCUAACAUCUGCAUAUGAGGAUUAUGACAUUGUUAUUUGGUCUGCAACAAAUAUGAAGUGGAUUGAAGCUAAAAUGAAAGAACUGGGAGUGAGUACAAAUGCAAACUAUAAGAUUACCUUCAUGUUGGACAGUGCUGCUAUGAUAACAGUGCAUACUCCAAGAAGAGGAUUAAUAGAUGUAAAACCUCUUGGUGUUAUUUGGGGAAAGUUUUCAGAGUUCUACAGCAAAAAAAACACAAUUAUGUUUGAUGACAUUGGCAGAAAUUUUCUGAUGAACCCACAGAAUGGACUAAAGAUACGACCUUUUAUGAAAGCACACCUAAAUCGAGAUAAAGAUAAGGAACUUUUAAAAUUAACUCAGUAUCUCAAGGAAAUAGCAAAAUUAGAUGACUUUUUAGAACUGAACCACAAAUAUUGGGAAAGAUACCUCUCAAAGAAGCAAGGACAGUAAUUAUAAGUUACACUGGCAGCUGUUGAAGAUACUUGAGAUCCAUGAACUUCUUGCUUUUAUCCUAGAAACCAUUAUGAUAGUGCUGGGCACUGAAGCAAAAACCUGAGUGCUUAUACUUUGUCUUCCACUUUUUUGUAAAUUUAAUUUUAUAUUUUUUGAAGAUCAUAGCAAUAUGCUUUAAAAAAAAAUCCAUUUUCCCCCCUGUAUGUAUAAACUGUUAACUCUUGGUAAAAUAUUUUCCCCAGCAUUGAUUACUAACUUCCCACCCCACCCCCGCACCACCACCAC